ACGUCAUCACCGCGCGCUGCUGCCGCCGCUUCUUCCACUUCGCGGGAGAAGUUGUUGGCGCGAAUGGAUCCCGAGACCCGAUAACGGAUUCCCCAGACGGCCAGCACGCCCAGCCGCCCGCCCGCGCCUUAGUCCUGGGGCGGCGAUGGACAUCCGGAAAUUCUUUGGUGUUAUACCAAGUGGAAAGAAACUUGUAAGUGAUACAGGAAAGAAGAAUGAGAAAACCAAGUCUACUGAAGAAACACUGAAAUCAAAGAAAGGCAAAAAGGAAAUCAAGGUAAAUAGCUCUUACAAAGACGAUGACUUCAAGCAAAAACAACCAAACAAGAAAAAGAGGAUCAUCUAUGAUUCAGAUUCAGAAUCAGAGGAGACAGUGCAGAUAAAAAAUGCCAAAAAGCAACCAGAAAAAUUGCCAUUGUCUCCUAAACCUGGUAAAACUUUACGGCAGGAUCCUGUUACUUACAUUUCAGAAACGGAUGAAGAAGAUGACUUUGUGUGUAAAAAGGCAGCCUCUAAAUCUAAAGAGAAUGGAAGAUCUACAAAUACCUAUCUUGGAGCUUCAAACCUGAAAAAGAAUGAAGAAAAUCCCAAGGCCAAGAAUAAGCCUUUGUCACCAAUAAAGCUGACGCCCACAUCAGUGCUUGAUUAUUUUGGAACUGGAAGUGUCCAAAGAUCAGAUAAGAAGAUGGUGGCAAGCAAAAGAAAAGAACCUUCACCUAACUCAAAUGAUUCCAGAUUAAAUGAUGAAGCUAUCGCCAAGCAGUUGCAACUUGAUGAAGAUGCAGAGCUCGAGAGGCAAUUGCAUGAAGAUGAAGAGUUUGCCAGAACAUUAGCCAUGUUGGAUGAAGAACCAAAGAUCAAAAAGGUUCAAAAGGACAUAGAAGAGGGAGAAAUGUUUUCAUCUGUCCAAGACAAUUUAAGUAAUGCAGAAAAACAUAAACAUCCUAAAAAAGUAAAAACAGAACAUUUUUCAGAUGAAAGGAAAAACUACAGUCCUAAGAAGCAAGCUAAAUGUGGUAGUUCAAAGGAAGCCCUGGGACCUUCCAAGACAGCAGCUCUCACAACAGGAAAGUCCUCUUCACCAAAGGCCAGUUCUAAGUUGGCAGCGAUGAAAAUAAAAGAAGAGAGUUCUAAUAAAGAAACAGAGCCUUUGGCCUCUAAAAGAAAAGAAAAUGCCAUUGAACUGAAAGGCGAAACAAAAACUCCUAAGAAAAUCAAAAGUUCUCCAGCCAAGAAGGAGUCUAUAAGUCCUGAAGAUUCUGAAAAGAAGCGCACUAAUUAUCAAGCUUAUCGAAGCUACUUAAACCGAGAAGGUCCCAAAGCUCUGGGCUCCAAAGAAAUUCCAAAGGGAGCUGAAAAUUGCUUGGAAGGCCUUACGUUUGUAAUCACAGGAGUGCUGGAGUCCAUUGAACGAGAAGAGGCCAAGUCUCUAAUUGAACGUUAUGGAGGGAAAGUAACAGGGAACGUCAGCAAGAAGACAAACUACCUUGUCAUGGGUCGUGAUAGUGGACAGUCCAAGAGUGAUAAGGCAGCAGCCUUGGGAACAAACAUUAUUGAUGAAGAUGGCCUACUGAAUCUGAUUCGAACUAUGCCAGGGAAGAAGUCCAAGUAUGAAAUAGCCGUUGAAGCUGAGAUGAAGAAAGAAAAGUCCAAAUUGGAGAAAACACCCCAAAAAAAUAACCAAGGGAAAAGAAAAAUCAGUCCAACUAAGAAGGAAUCAGAAUCUAAAAAGAGCAGGCUGACUCCUCAAAGGGACAGCUCUAUAAAGUCAGCAAAAAAGGAAGCAAGUGUGUUUCGGAGAGGGCUGGACUUCCAGGAGCAGGUGCCUGAGGAGCCGCCUGCUGACAGCAGCACUGGGAAUGUGGCGGAUGGCAGCAGUGGAAACAAACUGGAACAUUUGCUCUGGGUAGAUAAGUAUAAGCCAACUUCACUCAAGAGCAUAAUUGGACAGCAAGGUGACCAGAGCUGUGCCAACAAACUCCUACGCUGGCUCCGCAACUGGCACAAGAGUUCUCCUGAAGAGAAAAAACAUGCAAAGUUUGGUAAAUUUGCCGGCAAAGAUGAUGGCUCCAGUUUUAAAGCAGCAUUACUCUCAGGCCCUCCAGGUGUUGGCAAAACCACCACGGCUUCUCUGGUGUGUCAGGAAUUGGGAUACAGCUACGUGGAGCUGAAUGCAAGUGACACACGGAGUAAGAAUAGUCUGAAGGCAGUUGUUGCGGAAUCACUGAAUAAUACCAGCAUCAAAGGCUUUUAUUCGAGUGGAGCAGCCCCUUCAGGAAGCGUGAAGCAUGCUCUCAUCAUGGAUGAAGUGGAUGGCAUGGCUGGCAAUGAAGACAGGGGAGGAAUUCAGGAAUUAAUUGGCCUGAUAAAACAUACUAAAAUUCCCAUUAUUUGUAUGUGCAAUGAUAGAAAUCAUCCCAAGAUUCGCUCUUUGGUCCAUUAUUGUUUUGAUCUUCGUUUUCAAAGACCUCGGCUUGAACAGAUUAAGGGUGCUAUGAUGUCUAUUGCAUUUAAAGAGGGUUUAAAGAUCCCCCCUCCAGCAAUGAAUGAAAUAAUUUUGGGAGCCAAUCAGGAUAUCAGACAGGUUUUGCACAAUCUGAGUAUGUGGUGUGCGCGAAGUAAGGCGCUAACCUAUGACCAGGCCAAGGCUGAUUCUCACAGGGCCAAAAAGGACAUCAAACUGGGCCCAUUUGAUGUUGCCCGGAAAGUGUUUGCUGCUGGAGAGGAGACUGCUCACAUGUCACUUAUGGACAAGUCAGAUCUCUUUUUCCAUGAUUAUUCCAUUGCACCCCUCUUUGUGCAGGAGAAUUACAUACAUGUGAAGCCUGUAGCUGCAGGGGGUGACAUGAAAAAGCACUUGAUGCUUUUAAGCCGAGCAGCAGAUAGCAUAUGUGAUGGUGACUUGGUGGACAGUCAGAUCCGGAGUAAGCAGAACUGGAGCCUUCUGCCCACACAGGCUAUUUAUGCCAGUGUUCUUCCUGGAGAAUUGAUGAGGGGGUACAUGACUCAGUUUCCCAACUUUCCGAGCUGGUUGGGGAAACACUCAUCUACGGGCAAACAUGAUCGUAUUGUUCAGGACCUGGCACUGCAUAUGAGUCUCAGAACUUACUCCAGCAAAAGGACCAUAAACAUGGAUUAUCUGUCCCACAUACGGGAUGCACUCGUACAGCCCUUGACCUCACAAGGGGUAGAAGGCGUACAGGAUGUUGUCGCACUUAUGGACAUGUAUUAUUUGAUGAAAGAAGACUAUGAGAAUAUCAUGGAGAUCAGCAGCUGGGGUGGCAAGCCAAGUCCCUUUUCCAAGUUGGAUCCCAAGGUGAAAGCAGCCUUCACGAGAGCGUACAACAAGGAAGCCCACCUUGCUCCGUACGCACUGCAGGCAGGCAGAACGUCUCGCCACAGCAUGGGCCCGGCCCUGGAGUCCGAGUACAGCGAGGACUUGCAGGAAGAUGAUUCUCAGACUGACGAGAAGGACCAAGACGCCGUAGAAAUGGAUGCUAUGAUCAAGAAAAAGACAAAGUCUGCAAAGUCUGCAAAACCAGACAAAGAUAAAGAAUCCAGAAAAGGAAAAGGAAAGAAUUCAAAGAAAUGAAACUGUUUUUCACUACCGACAGCCACUUUUUACUCCCUCUCCUGACCAGUCUAGCUGGUCUAGAAAAAGCGUUUAUUUUCAGAAAAAGCGUUUAUUUUCCAGAGGAACCAUGCUGACCAAUGGCAUUGGUCCCGUUCUCCAGAAAGGGCGGUGCCGCCAGGAGAAACCCAGUAGGCUCACAUACACCUCUUAUAGAGGUCGACAGGACUGCCUGGGUCCUCACUGUCCCCUGUCAACCUAACCAGAUGCUUGUGCUUCAGAAUGACUGAUUGGAACUAGAAACUGCACGUGGACUUUGCGGUCAGAUUUUAGCUAACAGUAGUGAGCUUGGGAGCGGUGGUACUGAAGCAUCUUUUGUAGGCUUAAGAAUUUUAUCAUAACGGCCUUUUAUAGGACCAAUGCUGAUUUUUUAAAAUGUAAUUCCUAUUAUGUCAGGAAAUUUUGUACAUAAAUCAUCAUCAUCCAACACAGUUCACCACCUAAAACUGGGUAUUCUUUGUACAUUGUCAGUUACCUUGCAAGGUGUUAAGUUAGGAAUAAAAUUGUUCCACAUGAUCCAUGUACAAAUUCUUAAGAUUGUAAUCUUGUACAGCAAAGUAUUAUGAUGGUAUAUUACUUUCCUUGUGAAUUUGCAAAUGAUUGGAUAAAAACAUCUUACUAUAUUCCUUACUUUACUAACCAGUUGUGUGAAACAUAACUUGGGCGGUUGAAGGCAGAACUCUGCAUUGCCAUCUCUGUGCUGUGAGAAGCGCUCAUGGAGAGAGGGGCUCUUGGCUGCUCCGGGAGGGCCGCCUGACUGCUAGACUCGCACCCUGUGCAGUCUGCACCCGUCCGGGUUACACCACAGGGCCCAGACUGUGUCGCACUCCUGGGCUUGCUCUGGCGGGGGACAAAGAGAACACUGGCUUUUGUUGACUUUGUCCCUGGGAGAUCCAGUUCUGUUCUGUGAUGGCUUCCACAAACUCUGUUGGAACUGCAGUGUGUCCAGGUAACGGUAUCUGUGGCCUGAGGCUGUGGAGCAGGCCUGGAGCUGGGGUGUCUGGCUGUUUUUGAGUCUUGUCAGUGAAUGCUCAGAGGUAUGUACACCUCUGUGAGGUAUACACCAAAAGAAAACUAAAAAUAAGGGUUGUCUUCCCUGCCUUUAUGGGACUGUCUUGUUUGGGAGAUGAGACAUGAAGUUCUUGAGACAUUUAAAGUGUAUUUGCCAGUGUGAAAAAUGCCUUUUAUGGAGAUUAAUUCAUUAUUGAAAUAAAACAUCGCCUUAAGCUUUCGCUUACUCA